AUGGCGCCUACUUUAACGCAACAACCGUUGAAAAAUUUCGAUUAUCUUGUUAUUGGUGGUGGUUCAGGUGGGGUUGCUAGUGCUCGUCGUGCAGCGAAAUAUGGGGCCAAAGUGCUUCUUAUAGAGUCUAAUUUCAACAAGUUGGGCGGUACCUGUGUUAACGUUGGGUGUGUUCCUAAAAAGGUUAUGUGGUAUGCUUCUGAUUUGGCUCAUAAAAGAGCAGACUUGUUUCCCUAUAAGUUGGAUAAGGAAAAACAGACAACCAAGUAUGGCGACUUCAAUUGGAGUCAAUUUAAACAAAAACGAGAUGCAUAUGUCUCCAGAUUAAAUGGAAUUUAUGAGAGCAAUUUGAAAAAGGAAAAAGUUGAUUAUUUAUUUGGUUUUGCCAGAUUUGUCAAUGAUCAAGGAGACGUUGAGGUUACUUCCACAGGGGAUCAGGUUUUACCAUUUUUACAAGAUAAAAAGGUUCAAAAGGGCGAAAAAUUGGUCUUUAGUGGUGACAAGAUAUUAAUUGCCACUGGUGGUACUGCCAUUGUUCCUCCGGAUGUAGAAGGAGCCGAAUUGGGUAUCACUUCUAAUGGAUUUUUCGAAUUGGAACAACAACCUAAAAAAGUUGCAGUUGUUGGCGCUGGCUAUAUUGGUGUUGAGUUAUCCGGUGUAUUUAACGGAUUAGGCACAGAAGUGGAUUUCAUUAUUAGAGGUGAUACGGUUUUACGUAGUUUUGAUGAUAUUAUUCAAAAUACUAUAACAAGCUAUUAUUCUGAUAACUUGGGAAUCAAUAUAAUUAAAAAAUCGGGUGUCAAAAAAGUUGAACAAGGUGCCAAUGGGAAAAAGAAGAUUACUUUACUCAAUGGCGAUAUUCUUGAAGUUGACGAAUUGAUUUGGAGUGUUGGUAGAAAAUCACUUGUUAGUAUUGGCUUGGAUAAAAUAGGUGUUAAGCUCAAUGAUCGUCAACAAAUUGAAACUGAUGAGUAUCAGGCUACUGCAAACCCCAAGGUAUUUUCUCUUGGUGAUGUGGUUGGCAAAGCUGAAUUGACGCCAGUUGCAAUUGCUGCAGGACGUAAAUUGUCAAACAGGCUCUUUGGAGGUCCCCAGUUUAAGAAUGACCGUUUGGACUAUAACAACAUCCCAUCUGCCGUAUUUUCACAUCCAGAAUGUGGAUCAAUUGGAUUAUCUACCACGGAAGCAAUCGAAAAGUAUGGCAAGGAUGAUAUUAAAGUAUACAACUCGAAAUUCACAGCUAUGUACUAUGCCAUGAUGGAGGAUCAAAAUGAUAAAUCACCAACAGUCUAUAGAAUAGUUGUUCAAGGACCAAACGAAAAGGUUGUUGGAUUACACUUGGUUGGAGAUGGCAGUGCUGAAAUCUUGCAAGGUUUUGGAGUUGCAAUUAAAAUGGGUGCUACUAAAGCAGAUUUUGAUAAUUGUGUUGCUAUCCAUCCUACUUCUGCAGAGGAGUUGGUUACCAUGACUUGA